UUCAGCUCAUUAGCAUUGGAUUUAUAAAUAAAAAGUCCACACACAGCAAUGGACAUACAUCAUUUAACUGAUGUUUAAAAUGUUGAGAAUUAUAGCAUAUUGGAUAUGGAGAGGGUCAUUUCUUACACAAUGUAAAGUGGCACCGACUCCUCUCUAAUUACAGGUGGAUAGUCCUUUAACUGUGUUUGUGUGUGUGUGUUUUUCUGUAUCUUAGUGCGAGAGAGAGAGAGAGAGAGAGUGAAUCAAGAAAAUAUAAUGAUACCUUAUUGUAUGUCACUGACAAAUGUCAAUACAUAACACUUUAUAACUGCUAUAUAUCACACAAAAAAGGAGCACAAAACAGUGUUUUCAUUCAAGUACUGUGACCUGUUGAGGCUCAGCUCAGCUGUGCAGCGAUGCAACAUGGCAUGAGAUAAUUACAGGGAGGAAAAGCGAGUACAUCGGGUAAGUUGUGAGCCUUUUGGUGCAUUAAAGUAGUUCUCACAGAAGCUGACGGCAUGUACAGCACCUUAUAAAGACUUGGGAAAUUUGAAAUUUUGCUAUCAGUAAUAACAUGGCAACAAUGCAGGUGAUGAUUAAAUGGAAAUAACAGACUGGUGAGUUUACAAAAGUAUAUAUUUAGAGUUUUCCAUGGGGUGGGGUUCUCACAUACACAAACGGUUGAGCUCAACGGUUAUUGUGUCUCCAGGCAGACUCAUGGGUUUUGGGUGCACCGACACCAAACUCAAGGAGAAGGUUUUGGAUUGAACCCGUCUGAGUAACACCGUGCCGUUCCCUGUUCACGUCAAAAGACAGAAAGCUCCAGAAGCUAAGCAGCACUUGACAAGCCCGGCCAUGAGGACAUGAGAGCCAUCAAGCAGAGGCUUAGAUUAGCAGUAAUCCUUUGUUAGACUUGUUGAGAAGCUGCUCGAAUCUCUUGUCCAUCACUCUCAUUCCUGUUAUAGUUUGGGAGGGUCUGUCCAGGUGUCAGUGCAAAGAUGUAUAGGAAAUGACCGUGGCACAGCCGUAACAAUUCUAAUAGCAUUUAUGUUCGGAAAUGUAGUUUCUGUAAAUUUAUAUGAAUGCUCAAUUUUGAUGGUUCAACGUUAUGCUUCUUCACAGAAAAGUGAAGCGAGCUUGUCGCCCAAAUCAAGAGUGUGGUUUGGAAAUUAUAACAAACCAAAAAGCCCAAAAUAUUGCUCCAAUAUCUAACAUAAAAAAACGUAACCCUAACGUUCUGGAAGUUACAGUGAUUGUUUGUUUUUUUAAUUCUCGUAUAAAUAUCUAACAGACCCAGGAACCGGUCAUACAGCAAAAUGAACAAACAUCUUGGGGAAGCUGGCAUUUAAAACAGGCCUAAUCAUAACCAAAUAAAUGAAACAAAAUAUCAGAGAAUUUUAAAAAAAAUGCUCCGUAUAGUUCUGCAUCAGUUGCUUUUCAAUUACAGCAGCCGAAGCAGAACGAAAUUGUUAGUGUCAUUUAUCGACUGUGGUGCUCUUCAUUAGAGUAACAACUGAGAGAAAUCCACCCCGUGUUUAUAACCACCUGGCUUUCUUACAAUAACAAAGGGUUCAUUUCUGUCAGCUGGCCUUUAAUCUUCCUAAGAACUGGAGCAGAUGAAACUUGUACACCAGGAAACGCAGGAAAGACACCAAUAAAAUCUGACCAGGUAAUCAUCUUGGUGGCUUUUCUUACUUGGAGAUGGAGUGAGAGGUAUUCGGUGUCAAAAUUGAGGAACGUAAUGACCCUUUACAUCGGAAAUGUCUUCACAAAUCACAAAAAUAAUGAUUGAAAUAUCAAUACAGGGUAUAUUUUUUUACAAACGUUGCAAAUAGAGGAAUGUAAAGCUUUUUUUUACGUACUAUUAACUUUAGAUUGUUUUAAAUACAUCAAGACAGUUAAAUGCAUCUGUAUCUGAACAUCUUAAGAGCAAAGUUACUGUUGCGUCUAUUACUUCUGCCUAGAUGAUCAACCCUGGUGAUGUGGACCAGGCAAGACUAGCCGAGCGCAGACACCAUCCCCCAACCCCCCUAUGUGUAUAUUUUUUUUUAAUACUUAGUGAGGAAAAACUGUCAACCAUAUCCAAAGUGCAGGACCAAAGAGAAGUAAAUAAUGUAUGCUUUUGUUAGAUUCUUUGAAGACGAUAUGUGCUACGCGUUGCCCGUUUUUAAUGUCGAAGAUUUCAGACCUCUGCACGAGACAGAUUUUGAUAAUCAGAAGGUGUAUCUGGUUCACAGAACUGAAGAGAAUGGCAGCGCAGGCCAGCCGUGCGAAGCACAGAUCCUUGCCCUUGCAGAUACAGUAGAGGAAUUUGAAGACAGUAUAAUGCAAAAGAAGAUGAAAAUCCCCAAGAUGUCCAUCAAGAAUUCAGGAAACUCUAUCGAAAACAAUUGUGAAGAGAGAAUGCCACUCAGGCAUAAAAAGGCCCUGUCUCAGGACCACGGACGCCCCCUUUCCAACUCCUCCAAGAGCCUAGCAGCGGUAGUGGCUCGCCUGGAGAGAAAUGCGGCCAGCUGCUGUGUGGAGGGCGAAGAGGACCUGGACGAGGACCGGCUCGCCGAGGAGGGCGAGGACGCAGACGACGAAGAUGAAGAUAUGGAGGGAGAGCAUCACCAUCAUCAUCAUAAUCACCAGCAGCAGCAGCAACAACAACAACAGCAGCAGCAUUUGGAGGUGGACACGGAUUGUGUGUCUGGGGCGGUUCCAGCAGUGGUUCCCAGAGUCUUGUACGAGGAGCUGGUUCAUAGCUACAGGCAACAGGAGGAGGAGAUGAGGAGGCUUCAGCAGGAGCUUGAGAGAACCCGCAGGCAGCUGGUCCAGCAAGCCAAGAAGCUGAAGGAAUAUGGCAGUUUACUGACAGAAGUCAAAGAACUGAGGGACUUCAACAGGAGGCUGCAAGAUGUACUUCUCAUGAGACUUGGAAGCGAGCCUAUGCAUGACAAUGGCACUCAGACAAUCAAGGCUGAAGUGGUUGAACCCAUUGUUGAGGCCCAGGAGGCAUGCCGAGAAGAAGCCAACACCAGUUCCAGCUACUCCCCCUCCCCCAGAACAGUGUACACCUGCAAUGAUGGGAAGGUGCACCUCGGCGGAGGGAUCUGGGUGGAGGAGGAGAAGUGGCACCAGCUACAGCGGACCCAGGGAGACUCAAAGUUCACAAAGAACCUGGCUGUAAUGAUCUGGGGCACAGAGACCCUCAAGAACCGUAGUGUCACUGGAGUGGCCACCAAAAAGAAGAAAGAUGCACUGCCCAAACCUCCGCUGUCGCCCAGCAAGCUGAAAAUAGUCAGAGAGUGUCUCUACGACAGAGUGUCUCAAGAGACGGCCGACAGUGCAGAGAUCACGCAGAGAUUGUCCAAAGUGAACAAAUACAUUUGUGAAAAGAUAAUGGACAUCAACAAGUCCAUCAAGAACGAGGAGCGGCGGGAAUCCAAGCUGCUCAUCAGACAGACUGUGAAGAUGGAGAACUUCACCUACGAUGGCAUGUAGUGACCCGCUGUUGUCCCCCCCCCCCCCUCCUGCCCCUCCCCAUGGCCGGCAGGAUAUUGAGGGGACUAGAUCUGGGUGGUUUUUGGGGGGUGGGGGUCACAAGAGGUUUCUAGAGCAGUUUUCCUUUGCCACAUUGGAUCGGCCGUGAAAUGUUAAACCCCUUCGACCCCGCCCCCCCACCCCCACCUCCCUCCCCCUCCACUCUGUGCCCAGUGUUCCCAUUGGCUGACAGGCAGCUUUACCCACCUGUAAAAAGUUGAGCGCGUGUGAGCUGGUAUGAGUGUUUUUUUUUUUAUAAGCUCUCAAAUGGGAUCGGUACAGGGACGCCGGUUUACUGACGUGUGUGCGUUUGUGUCAAAGAGCGGAUAUGAUGUGAUUGUUCAAAUAGAUUUUAUUGUUCUGUGUCAGAACAUAGCUUUGAGUCCUUUUAAACUUUUAAAAAGUUGGAGGUUAUUUCCCUAGACUCAAGUCCUCUGAUUCUGUAAAGAUAAUGAUGCUAGCUUGAUUGGUAAUAGACUUAUUGUAUUUUGUAGCAGAGAUUCUGUUGCUCCAAGAGAUUCAUAAUGUGUGUGUGUGUGUGUGUGUGUGUGUGUCCCCUUAACUUGAGGUCAGUCGAAACACAUUGUUUUAUUUAAACAGACCAAGGCUUACUGCUAUUUUUUUUUUUUUAUGCCGACCUUUCAGUUGUGAGAAUUUAGACUUCCUGUUAUUCAAACAAGUCACUUUGAGACCAUUUGACUGUUUUAGUGAGUCGUAGUGGUCAAGGCACGCCGAUGCCUCGAAAGGCCUUAAAUGGAUUUGGCAAUCACCAGGCGCUGGUACGCCCCUGGUUUUUUUCUAGUAAGCUGUGAUUGUAUAUGUAUUGUAAGCGGAAGGCGAGGAGGCUUCACCUGCACUUUGCUGUGAGAACGAGAGAGAGACACAAAGCCAGGAGGAGACUCGCGGCACACCUCUGCACGCCCAAGGUCAUUUGUAUGAGGAAGCGCUGUUAGUUGUGGGUAAAGCUGUCUGAGACACUGGUGUGCUGUUUGUGGUCAUCUGGGCCUGCCGAACCCCAUAAACCCCCCCCCCCCUCCCCUUUCCCCCUCACCUCUUUUGUGAAAGCCACGCCAUCGGGGAACAAAGUAAGGUUGCUCCAGUGACGGCUUCCUCGGAGCUACGCCAUCAGAACUUUGAAAAUAUCCUCUUUUUCUGGUGUUCUUUUUUUUUUUUAUCCCGUCAGUUGUUUAUUGUUUUGACCCAAAGUGGUUUGUGUGGCUUUCUGCAGGCUGGAACUAAAUGCUGCGGAUUGAAAUCUCAACUGUGACCUAGCUGUGGCUAACUGUGAAUCUGCUGCAGAACUGCCCAUCAAGCCUCUCUUAUCUUCAUACCCUGGAUUCUCGUUUGUCUGUGGGUUCAUUUCUGUCUAUAUCGUUUUGUCCCUUUUUUCUUUUUUUCUUUUCAAAAAGUUUUGGACAUAUUUUAAUAUACAUUUUUGUUUUAUUUUUUUAACCAAACAUGAAUAUUUCAGUUUCUAGUCAUGUUAAAUGUUACAGAUUUUAAAGGUUCUGGUCGAGGUUCUGUUUAUCUCAUUGAUGUUGUAAUUCCAUGUUACCUGUCCAAUCUAUUGUGUUUCUUUUUACACUUGCAUUUUUUUCAUGUGAAUUGUUGGCUUUAAGCUUGAUGUUGUAUCCAAAUGUGGGUCAGUGAAAUUUACAAAAGAAUGAAAAAAUAUCCCCCUUUUUUAGCCAGUCAUCUUGUGGAACUUGAGAGACUGGGCUUCCCUUAACAGAGCCCUUACAUUGAGCUCCAUUCACAACAUUUGCUAUUUAAUGAGCCUCACUUAAGGUCAAACUUCUAAUGAUCUACCACAGGAAUUUACUCAGUUGAAAUGCAGUAGUUAGAUCAACGCAAACCAUUUACAUUGAAUGCACUUUAAACUUCUUCAAUUUCUUUGAUCUUAAUCCUAAUCCUAAUGUAUUUGUCCUUUUUUUGGAAAUGUCUAAAUAGAUAAAGGUUAUCAAGCAUCCUAUUAUCACAAAGCACCUUAGAGCUUUUUGGUUUAUUGUUUUUUAAAUGGAAAAGUAGUUAUGGGUUUUGUUUUGCCAGUCAGAUGUGCCCUUGAUGGAUUUGAUCAACCCAACUACAACUCGUAAAUAAAUACUACUAGUACUAGUAUUUAUUUGGGUUGUUUAGAAGACCACGGUUCACUUUGCACAUCGUAGUGAAACUGGAUUCUGAUCAAAAGAUGGCAAAAUGACAAACAAAAGUCCAAAACUCAUCUUUGCUUUUAAGCCCAAAACGUGAGUCACCAAUUGAAAGAUAUUUACCUAUGAAAUGUGCGAGCUGACUGGAUUAUGUGCUUUAACUUAAUGUGUGAAGAUGCUGGGUUGUGCAUUGGCGUGACUUGUAUAGAGAGAAUUGUGUAUUUUUUACAAAGGAAUGGUAAUUGUAAGCCAAAGUAUUGAAUGCUGAGAUCAAGCUAAAGAACGGCGACGCUGGCUGAGGAAUCAGUGAGGUUUGCACAAAAGAUGGCCCAUGCCACGGUAACCGAGCCAACCAACAUGGUGACAUAUUAUUUUUCUGGCUUCCUAAAUAAUUUUUACAUUUUUGUUUUUUCACUGUACAAAGCAACAUGUGAGGUUCCCGUGCGCUGGCAUGUAUUUAAAAUACAUGCCGUUCAAAAGAAAGAAAAGAUUUCUGCUGUGCAAAGCGACCAUGCUGAAAUUCUGACACUUUUGUCGUGCUGUGUUUGUGUUUUGUUUCUUGAUGCCAAAAGGGGGCGUGGUUAAAUAAUGCUUUAAAAUGAAGCAUUAAUAGUUAUUACAUCAUCUGAAAUGUAUUUUCAAAUGCUGGUUUUCCUGGAGCGCGAUUAAGCUUAAUCCUUUAACUAAAACCUUCUUUCAUGGACCAAAGCUGUAUGGAAGAAGCGCGUGAUUUUAAACCCAGAUUUGGCUUAAUCCGCAAUGGAAAGGCCAAUCUCUCUGAGACGUCACCGAGGCGAUUGCAGAAGAGCAGUUUGGGUCUUCGCAGCACGUUUAGCAAACGCUCACCAUGCAGGAUGGUUGCACCGAGUACUCUCACUGUCCCUGUCACGUGACGCCGGGGGAGGACCCGGAACCUCGUUGGCCCUGUGACCCCCCCCCCCCCCCCCCUCUUCCGGCACCGCCUCUACUUCCUCACACUGUUUUUUUCCGCGGACUGGAUUCUAUUCAUGGAGGUGGUAGCGAGUCCUGUCCUCACUGUUGUGGACGCACGUCGAAGCAUUGAGAGUCGAGGAGCCUCGUGUUGCUCUUCGACCGUUUGUUUUCGGGGUGGAAAAGAGGUCACGAGACUAAACGGCUUCGUCCAGCGGUUUCCACAACUUUGUGUGCAGAAAACACGGUUUGAGCCUCAGAUACAAUUUCCAACUUAUUUCCCAUGAGAAAAGGAAGGCCUAUAUUUUUCUUAAGGUACCAGUAACUUUGUAUACAAUCCACAAACCGGUUCUACUUCAUCUGACUUCACCGUCCUACCUCAUUGUUACUCUGGUGUUUGUUUGUCAGUGACUGUAAACUUAUGUGUGUGUAUAUUUAAAAAAAAAGUUUAAAAAACAGCUAUAGGAAAGGUAUACCUGGUUACUCUCAACAUGUACAGCAUAUAAAACUCGGUCAACAAUAUCAUUCUAAUGAGAAAUCGGUUGUAUUACCUGCUUCAUGAUGCUGCUUUUAAGGGGUAUCUGCGUGAGGGGUCGUCUCUGAAUAUAUAUCUUCGCUCUUUGCUACGUCGUGCAGUUGAUCAGUGGUUGUGUUCAGUCUCUGUAUCGCAUUCUGAGAUUUUUACUGGUUGACGGUGCUACCAGCAAACAGUUCAAGAACUGAUCUGUCUAUCGGACCUCAAAUGGUGCUGUUUUUCUAUGUUAUUAUCCUCAUACAGCUACGUUUUAUUCAGGUGUGUCAACUGCUACUAUUCCCACAGCAAAUUCAAUUUGAAGCCAAAAUGUUUCACAAACCAAUAACUCCUGCUAUUACUGUAUUAACUAUAUGCUAUCCAUCCAAAUAUUGUAGAUAGUGAUUAUAUCCUCAGCUGUGAGUUCAGAAGUACCUCACAACGAUUUUCAAUGGAUGCAUCUGCUUCUAGCACCUGUUGUCUACCAAUAUUACAUUGUUGUAUUUUCAGAAAUAUGUAUUUUUACUGGGUAGAUCAGGUUUCACUAUACAUAGGACAUGAUAAAUAUAUCACACUCUAAAGAACAACACAUUUUAAGGAUACCACUGUUCACUGGUUGCUUGCCAGAUUAUGAUAAAUGGAAAAAUGGCCCCCGACGGGGGCAGCCUAUGUUGAAGAGGUCCUCAGCAAAACCGUGUUCUGUUUGAGUCAAUGUUACAUUUAUUUUACAGAAGAGAUUCCAACGGACGUUGUAUGAAUGCUGGAAAGAUCUGAUGCGUUCACAAGCUACUGCCCCGUUGGGUUGGUGUAGAAAAAGAAAA